AUGAGUUUGAAUAGUCAAGAAAAUGUUUCUCAAGAUGGAAUUGUGUUCAAUGAACCCAACAAGAAGUCUGUUGGAGAUAUCAAUUUCGUAAAAGAUGACUUUAAAAAUGUCACAGACGAAAAACUUUUAAAAUAUAUAAGUCCUCUUCAACAUGAAACAAGUGAAGAAAUCAGCACCGAGAUUAAACUACUAGUGGAAAAGUCAUGGAAAGAUUUAGAGACCCGGAUCGAGAAUCUCAAUUUACGUCUAAGUGAGCACCUGGAUUCUGUGGAAUGUAUCAAUUCCGGUACAACUCUUUUCAGCGCAGGUGCAAGCGCAAAUAUGCAAGCAACAAUGACAACAGAAGCGGCAGAAGCGGCAGAAGCGGCAGAAGCUGCAGAAGCUGCAGAAGCAGGCAUGGAGGCCUUUGGAGCAAUUGAACGGGAGAUGGACGAAAUCAGACGCGAGAUUGCUGAGAUGCGGGAACACUAUGAUGAAGUACUAAAAGAAAUGGUAAACAAAAAAAAGUGUAUUGAAAUUGGACAAGAUGUGUGCCAGGUUAUUGACGCAACUGUCAAGGCCCGGGUCGGGGCCGUCACUAAGGUUUAUGACCAAAAGCUGAGCGGUUUGCUAGCGCAAGUUGAAGAGGCGACUGCAGUUUUGCACGAGACUGCAAUACAACGCGAGUCAUUAAUUUCUCCAGAUUCUUGUUGCUGUUGCACAUUUCCUCUCCGUUCACAGAAUGCAGCUCUGGAAAAGAAGCAGCGCGGGGAGGAAGAGGCUGCCAAUGGUUGUGGUGGUGGAAGGCAGUUUGAAAUGAUGUUUAAUGUUUUGGAUGCACGGCUGGCGCUGAUUGCAAAAGAGUGCGGCGAGCUCAAGGAACGUGAGACAAGGUAUCUGGAACAGAUCUCUUGGUUGGAGAACCGGCUGAUUGCUGUGGAACACAGAACUGCGGUAUCGUUGUAUAAUUCAUCAAAGAGUUGUGAUGAUGGCGAUGGUGAGAAUGAAAUUAUAAUGUCGGAAGAAUCAGUGGGUAAAAGUAGCAACGAAGAUUCUGGAUCCAUCAUUUUCCAUCAUCCGGGUGCAGUAUCUGCGACAUCGUCCAUACCAUCUUUUAUGGAACAAUACCUAACUGAAGUGUGUUCAAUUAAUAAAGAAUACCCAAAGCAUACAAGUGUUCAAGAAGACUUUUACCAAGAGACUGCAGAAGAAGAAGAAGAAGAAAAAAAAGAUGAUGCUGAUGCUGAUACUGAUGCUGAUGACGAAAAGGACUAUGGUGUUGAAACACAUUAUACACUAGAACAGCAGCAGCAGAAGGAGCAAGGGCUAACAAAAAGGUUCCAUCCAAGAGCUAUGUGGGAGUGUGAAGUGGAGCAUCCUGGAAUAUGCUUUAAAAAGAAUGGCAAUGAUGAUGAAGACGGGAGAGAAGGAAAUGAAUCUGAAGAGGAUGAAUCUGGAAAAGGUGAAAGUUAUUAUGAAAAUGAUUAUGAUGACGAUUAUGAUGAUUAUGAUUAUGAUGAUUAUGAUUAUGAUGGUGGAUCAUGGUUAAGAUCAGAUGUAUCGAGCGAGCUAGAAGAUCUUGGGAAGAGUAUUUGUGCGGAUCAACCAAGUGCAAUUGAAAUGGAUCAAAUUUUUGGUGGAGGCCCCCUUUGCCGUGAAACUGGUUUUAUUGGUGCUACUCCGACCACAAGUGUACGACUUAACUUGCUUGCUACAGAAUUUGAAAAGACCUCAGAGGUUGGCAGCAACGAUGAGUAUCAAAAGAAAGGACAAAUAGACUGUGUUAACCAGCUGGAAAAAACAUUGAACCAUGAAGUGACUAGAUACCUAAAUCUGUACCAUGGGGCCGGGACAGUGCCGGAAGAUGGGGGGAGGUCUCGAAGACGAUACAAUAGUUUUCAAGAUGAUGGUGAAGAAGAAGAAGAAGAAAAAGAAGAAGGAAAUUAUAAUGAUGAAGAUGAAGGCGAACAAAGUCCUAUUUCUGAACGAAUGGAUCGGCUGGAAUCAAAAGUUGCAGAAAUGGAAGGGGUUGUGCGUGGGGCUGCUAGAGAAUUGGAUGAUAUGUUUGAAGAACUCGAAAAGCGUGGAGAGACAUUUACAACAUGGACAAGUAAAAAAAAGAUGCAAAAGAAAGGAAGCUUUCAAGAUGAUGAUAACACGAGUUUUGCUUCGGGUACUCAGCGAGGGUUGAUUACCAAUGUAGGAUGGGAAUUUGCAACUCAUUCUAGUUUCUAG